AGCUGUUUCAUGUGUAGUAAUCCCAAUGUUCAAAUUUCCUUUAAGUCUUCAAUUUUGGUAUACAUAGAUACAUAUAAGCAUAUAUAUUUUUGUACACUAUAGGUUGAUAAGUUCAGUGACUGUUUUAAAUUAAAUGGUGUCACGAUCAUAUUCAAACUUAUUAGAUCUUGUCUCCGGGGAAUUACCUUCACCGAGUUUUACCCGUAGUAUGACCCGACAGUUCCCUCGGAUCAUGACCGUAUCUGGUGUAGAUGAUAGUGAGUCAACCGAGUCAUCAUCGUUACUGUCACCGUCGCCAUCAACGCAAAAUGACCGUUUGAUAAUAGUCGCUAACCAGUUACCUAUUCGUGGUCAUAAAAAAAGCGAUGGCUCGAGAGGCUGGAGUUUUAGUUUAGAUGAGAAUUCACUUCUUUUACAACUUAAAGAUGGUUUAGGACAUGAUAAUGAUGAGGAAAAUAUUGAUGUUAUAUAUGUUGGUUGUCUUAAAGAAGAUAUACAUCCAAAUGAUCAAGAUGAAGUGUCACAAAUACUUUAUGAAAAUUUUAAAUGUGUCCCAACUUUUUUUCCACCUGGGUUAUAUACAAGGUUUUAUCAUGGUUUUUGUAAGCAGCAAUUGUGGCCUUUGUUUCAUUAUAUGUUGCCGUUGUCGCCUGAUUUAGGAGGUCGGUUUAAGCGGUCUUUAUGGCAAGCUUAUGUGUCUGUAAACAAGAUUUUUGCUGAUAGAAUUAUGGAGGUGAUUAAUCCAGAAGAUGAUUUUGUUUGGAUACAUGAUUAUCAUCUCAUGGUUUUACCAACUUUUUUAAGGAAACGGUUUAAUAGGGUUAAACUUGGGUUUUUCUUGCAUAGUCCGUUUCCUUCAUCCGAAAUUUACAAGACUUUGCCUGUUAGAGAGGAGAUUCUUAGAGCCCUUUUGAAUUCCGAUUUGAUUGGGUUCCAUACGUUUGACUAUGCCCGUCAUUUUCUAUCUUGUUGUAGUCGAAUGUUAGGGAUUUCAUAUGAGUCGAAAAGGGGUUAUAUAAGUUUGGAGUAUUAUGGGCGAACGGUUAGUAUAAAGAUUCUCCCAGUUGGGAUUCAUAUGAGGCAACUUCAAUCUGUCUUGAGCAUGCCGGAAACAGAAUCAAAAGUGGCUGGCCUCAUUAAGCAGUUUAAAGAUAAGGGGAAAACAAUGUUGUUAGGGGUCGACGAUAUGGACAUAUUUAAAGGAAUUAGUUUGAAGUUAUUAGCCAUGGAACAGCUUCUGAUUCAGCAUCCUGAGUGGCAAGGAAAGAUAGUUUUAGUACAGAUAGCAAAUCCUGCUAGGGGAACUGGAAAUGAUGUCAAGGAAGUGAAGGCUGAGACAUAUUCGACUGUUAAACGAAUCAACGAGACUUUUGGGAAGCCCGGGUACCAACCUGUUAUCUUGAUUGACGAGCCCCUUAAGUUUUAUGAACGGGUCGCAUAUUAUGUUGUUGCAGAGUGCUGUUUGGUGACGGCAGUUAGAGACGGGAUGAAUCUUAUACCUUAUGAAUACAUUAUAAGUCGCCAAGGAAACGAUAGGCUUGAUAAGGUCUUAGGUUUGAAGCCAUCUGCGUCAAAGAAGAGCAUGUUAGUUGUGUCCGAGUUCAUUGGGUGCUCCCCGUCUUUGAGUGGAGCCAUACGGGUCAACCCAUGGAAUAUUGAUUCGGUAGCAGAUGCAAUGGACUGUGCCUUGGAACUGAGUGAGCCCGAGAAACAAUUGAGACACGAGAAGCAUUAUAGGUAUGUUAGUACUCAUGAUGUCGGGUACUGGGCUCGUAGCUUUCUGCAAGAUUUGGAGAGGACUUGUAAGGACCAUGUGGGAAAAAGAUGUUGGGGGAUAGGAUUUGGGUUGAGUUUCAGAGUUGUUUCUUUAGAUCCAAACUUUAAGAAGCUAUCAUUGGAGCAUAUAGUUUCGGCUUAUAAACAAACUACAAAAAGGGCAAUUCUUUUAGAUUAUGAUGGUACACUAAUGCCUCAGUCUUCCAUUGAUAAAAGCCCAAGUUCUAAAACAAUAGAAAUGCUCAACACUUUGUGUAAGGACAAGAACAAUAUGGUUUUUGUUGUAAGUGCAAAGAGCCGAGCCACACUAGGUGAAUGGUUUGCUUCUUGUGAGAAACUUGGGCUUGCCGCAGAGCACGGAUGUUUUUUAAGGUUGAGCCGAUAUGAGGAAUGGGAGACGUGUGUACAAGUUGAUGACUUGGGAUGGAAGCAGAAUGCUCAUCCAGUUAUGACACUUUACACAGAGACAACCGAUGGAUCAAUGAUUGAAAUGAAAGAUACAGCAAUGGUGUGGUGUUAUGAAGAUGCAGAUCCUGAUUUUGGAUCUUGUCAGGCAAAGGAGCUACUCGAUCAUCUUGAGAGUGUGCUUGCUAAUGAACCAGUUACAGUAAAAAGAGGACAGAGUAGCGUCGAGAUUAAACCACAGGGUGUAAGCAAGGGACUGGUUGCAAAGAGACUGCUGGCCACAAUGCAAGAAAGAGGAAUGACUCCAGAUUUUGUGCUGUGUAUAGGAGACGAUCGAUCAGAUGAAGAUAUGUUUGAGGUGAUUGCUGGUUCGGUAGCUUCAAACAACUGCAUUGCACCAAAUGCAGAAGUUUUUGCAUGCACAGUGGGAAACAAACCAAGCAAGGCCACGUAUUACCUCGACGACACUGUGGAGAUUGCUAGAAUGAUGCAGGGAUUGGCUUCUGUGUCUGAACAAUCUGUCAACAUCCUUGGCCUGCAUUAAUAGAUUUUGGGGAAAAUAUAGUCUCUUUUGCUUUCCGCCUGUCAAGUUGUAAAUUUCAUAGCAGACUACUAAUAGAAGUUACAGGACUGAGGUUCUGUAACCUCUAUUCUUGUUAAAGCUUCUAGUUUAGUAAUGUGUAAAUAUAACGUAUGUUCUAUGUUUCAAGUUACUUUCUUCA